AUGAAGGACCUCAUACAUGAAUACGCCGGAUCACACUUCGCCGAUGAUAGCUCCCUAUCGGACGAGGCUCGUCUGGCUACUUUCAGAGGCUGUGUUUCAUCGGCGACGUCCAGGGACGAUCUGGACAAGGUCCUGCUAACUAGGCUGCUGGUCGCAUUUGCCAAGCGGAAUGGCUGCGAAACUAUUCUUUGGGGUGACUCAGACACCCGCCUCUCAGCGAAGACCCUCGCGGGUGCUGCAAAGGGUCGUGGAGCGUCGCUCACAUGGCAGGUCUCCGAUGGCAUGUCCCCAUGGGGCGUGCGAUUUGAGUUCCCGCUCCGUGAUAUCAACAAGCCGGAACUUCAGCAAUACAAAAGUGUCUGCCCGGAGCUCUCUGCUAUUGUCAUUCCUGAUCAAGCAAUUCCAGACAAUGUUCUUACGAAGAAUUUGUCCAUUGAUGAGCUGAUGAUGCGCUACGUAGAGACCCAGGGUGCGAAAUACCCCGGUGUCAUGGCGAACGUGUCGAGAACUGCAAACAAGCUUCAGGCUGCUGGAUCUGACGAUUCCGGCUCCUGCGCAUUGUGUGGAAGCCUCGUGGGCAACGUCAAGGGAAAUCCUGGAAUCACGGUCGCCAGUCAAUUCGGUGAUAGUGAAGGCUCUCAAUUCUGCUACGGAUGCUCAAGGUCUCGUCCUGAAACCAGAUCUUAA